ACACUCACUCACUCACUCACUCACCCACUCCCACACUCCCACACGUACACACAUACACAUGUUCGCUUCCUCUCUCUCUAUUCUCGAACGAGUUUCCUGACCCAGUCCAGCUAUCCAUCUUUCCGAUCCGCGUGUUUGCAACGCGUUGGGAAGUUGGGUUGAACAAUCAAUCCUAGAAGACAGGCAGUGAAAAGGAUCCGAACCCGCCCCACAACAAAGAGAAAUAAGAUUCACCUUAACCCAAAUUCCGCUUUGCUGCUUCUGCUCAGCCGGUUCCCACUAUUUUUUUUUUUCAGUUACACCCCCUCUUCUCCCCUCCCUUGUAUAAAAGGGUUCCUCAUCACUCUGCAAUUCCAUUCCUCAUCCACUUUCUCUCCUCAUUCCUCCUCAACAGCCAAACGCCAGAACCAACCAAAACGCGUCUUACCGCACCAGCAGCAAUAACAGCAACAACAGCAACAGCAACGACAAAAAAAAAAAGCACACAUCACACAAUCAUGUCAACCUUCCAAUCCGACGAAAUCUUUGCUCGCCUCAACGAAGCCCUCGACGCCUUCACCCCCCAGGAGCGUCAGGACCUCGUCAAGCAAGUGAACGGCAUCUUUGAAUUCCAGGUCAAGAGGGACAAGUCCCCGAACGCCGAGGUCAAGGUCUGGCACGCCGAGGUCAAGAACCAAGGUAUCAUCAAACCAGGACCCGCCCCCGGUACCCCCGACAUCACCAUGUACCUCGUCGACGAUGACAUGGUCGCCCUCGCCACGGGUGAUCUCUCAGGCGCCCGUGCCUUCAUCACCGACAGGAUCGGACUCAAGGGCCCGAUGAUGAUGGCCAUGAAGCUCGAUGUGAUCUUCCGAUCCCUGGGCAUGGGCCCACCCAAGGGUGCCGAGAGUGAUUUGGGAUACGAUGGCUUCGAGUCGAGCUAUUUGAUUCUCCAGAUUGCAGAGUACCUCCAGGUGCUUACGGAGGAGGAACGCAAGGCCGAGGUCGCGAAGGUCAAGGGCGUGUUCUUGUUCAAUGUGAAGAACGGCAAGGGCGACACCGCGGUUUGGAUGAUGGACAUGAAGAACGGCCUUGGUCAGAUGAAGAAGGGCAAGAUCGACGGACUGAAGCCGGAUAUUACACUGGAAAUGAAGGAUAAGGACUUUGUGGAUCUGUUCAUGGGCAAGACCAACGGACAGAAGGCGUUCAUGACGGGAAAGAUCAAAGUCAAGGGCGCGAUCAUGUUGGCCUUGAAGCUGGACACGAUGAUGAAGGAUACACAGGAGAAGAUUGGAUUCUUUGGGCAGAAGCAGGCCAAGUUGUAAAGUAGCCCCCCCAACACACACACACUUCUUUCUCGCUCCUUUAUUUUUUUCAGCUCGAUACCAAUUAUAAAACACCAAC